AUGCACAAAACCCCCGGCGCCGACGGCGCCUGGAUGUACAACCGCAUCAUGCUAUCCAUCUACGACAUCUGGGUCCUGGGCAUCGUAAACACCUACGCCUGGCACUGUCCGACAAAAAGCAUCCAACUACCAUUUUUCCAAAAACACCUCAGCACACGCCACCUGGACAUCGGGCCCGGAACAGGCUACUACCUCGCUAACGCCGGAAUCCCAUCCACCACCAGCGUGGACGUUCUAGACCUGAACCCGAAUUGUCUGGAUGAUGCGAAGAGAGCACUCAACAGGCCUGGUAUGACUACAUUCCUGGCUGAUGUGCUUGAGCCACUGCCUUUGCGGGAAAAGUAUGGAUCUAUUUCGAUGUUUUAUUUGAUUCAUUGUUUGCCUGGGCCUUUGGAGAGGAAGAUGGGGUUGUUUAAGAAUUUGAAGGGGUUUUUGGAGGAGGAUGGGGUGGUUUAUGGGACGACUAUUCUGGGGACGGGGGUUUUUAAUUGGUUUGGGAGGGUUAUUAUGCAUUUUUUGAAUAAGGGGAGGGUUUUUGAUAAUCGGGGGGAUGGGGAGGUUGGGAUUAGAGAGGCUUUGAAGAGGGAUUAUAAGGUGGUUAGGACGGAGGUGGUGGGGAAUAUUUUGUUUUUUGAGGCUUCGCAGCCUAUUUUCUAA